GCGUCAGCUGACGGCGGAGCCGCCGGUGGUGGCGGCGGGGGGCGGGCGCCGGCACUCGGAGUCGUCCGCCUCCGCCGCGCAGAGCCGCCGCCGGGCCUCAGGCCGAGCCGCCGCCGCCAUGCCCUCGGAGAAGAGCUUCAAGCAGCGCCGCACCUUCGAGCAGAGAGUGGAAGAUGUCCGACUGAUUCGAGAUCAGCAUCCGACUAAAAUACCGGUCAUCAUUGAAAGGUACAAGGGAGAGAAGCAGCUUCCAGUUUUGGAUAAGACCAAGUUCCUGGUGCCAGAUCAUGUCAACAUGAGUGAGCUAAUCAAAAUCAUCAGGCGACGCCUGCAGCUCAACUCCAACCAGGCGUUCUUCCUCCUGGUGAACGGACACAGCAUGGUGAGCGUUUCCACGCCCAUUUCCGAGGUGUACGAGAGCGAGAAGGACGAGGAUGGGUUCCUGUACAUGGUGUACGCCUCUCAGGAGACUUUCGGAGUGCAAUCUUCUGCCUAAGACGCGCAAGCGGCUUCUAGCCUAGGAUUUCGGUUUACCCUUGGCCAUCACCCCCACUCUUCCCCACACACACCCCAGGGAAAGAAACGGAUGUCACCUCCGCUCUCAGUACCUUAGCGUAGUCUUGCUUUAGCAGGUGUCUCAUCUUACCUUGCCUUGUUUGUGACUAUUAAACAGUACAGACGAGCACCUCCAGCUUUGAAACCUGCUGUAAUAUUCCACACAGGCACAUUUACCUUUCUGGACUUUAUGAAUGGAACCCAAUUGUGCACGUGACGAUUGCGAACAAAGGGAAACCCGAUUGACUUAUUAAUGAACAAACAGGCACCAGGGAGGAGCUAAAGGGUUUCGUGUGACAGUUUUCUGGAAAAACCUCCCUAUGAUUCCUUAAAGAUUAUUUCUUUUUUUUUUUUUUUUCGAAUGGGAAGGCUUUUCAUGAGAGCAAAUACGUUUUAAUGUUCCAAAGCGAAGCUUUGUCUUCUGCAGCCCGAUGAGCUGCGGUGAGUUAAGGCACGCGCUUGGGCUGAGCCGGGGGAGGACAACUCUUUUUUUUUUUGUGUGUCCGUUUUUUUGUUUUUAUGGCACCGCAAACUUAGGAGUGGUGCCAGUUUCUGGAAAAAUAAAAAAUAAAAAAUAAUAAUUAAAAAAAAACAAACUCAUACCAAACACCACAGCUUUAUUGUAGAUUUAGGAAGUGUUUAACUGUAAAAUGCACACCUGGACAGGCGACACUGAAAUAAACUCCAGUCUGUUACGACUUUCCAAUCCCUGUGUGUUCAGUGAAACACUGUUGUUCAUAUGAGCUCGCUUCCAGAAGGUCACCCCUCCCUCGCCCGGAGGUUUGCCGCUCCCUCACCCGGCAGAGAGCCCGCUGGGAGGAUCCCUCCCUCCUGUCCUCGCCGUCUCCGUCCGCUCGGCACGGCGGGUAGGUUGAAGCCCUCCGAGGCAAACGGCUUUUGUUUUAUGCGCCUCCGUUCCGGCUGGGACUGGGACGUGCCGCAGGAAUUGCCGACCCACGCCGCCCGACCAGUCUGUCGCUCGUUUUGCCUGUUGCCACCGAGGCGGGGGCGGUCAGGGGGAACCGCUGGCGGGAGCAGCUCACGGCCAGGAGUUGCUGUCGCGAGUUGGCGAACAAAUUGUAUUACUUUUUUGUUUCCUUUUCUCAAUUCCAUCGCUGAAGGCUCCUGCCACUUUGCGCGGGGUUUGGAAAAUCUCGGUGUCAGUACUGGCCUGAGCAGGGAGGCAGCCUGUGCAGAGGAAAGCAAUCUCAUAGGACCUGUUAUUUUUUUUCCUCUAGAGUUGUUGUCAAGUGACGUGUAGCAGGAUGAGAUUACUCUUGUAUAUUAUGUGUCUGUGAACUAACUACAUCUGUUACUGGAAGCUAAACUUACUAUAACGGGGGGGGGGGGGAAAGAAGCAAUACUACUGCGUCUUGGCACUCUAGCUCAAAAAAGGUGUACAAUUUGUACCCACCUACACCUCUUUGCAUGCAUCUCGUUCACAACGCUUACUUCUGAUUUUUUUUUAUUGUUCUUUGUGUUUUUACUCCAACGUAAACUUUUAAAUGCAGCUUGUUCUAUGUUUAGUUUUGUUCGUGUAAGAAAUUGUUUAACUCAUAACUGACAACCAGACUUGUAAUUACGACGUGAUUGACUGAUAUUCCUGUACAAAUGUUGCUUUUUUAAAAUUAAUACAGUGCUGAUAUGGAUGGAUUACAUCCCAACUUAA